AUGCCUCAGGAAAAAUCCACCCCACCAAUGACACAAAUUGAUUUGAAACCUUCAUUCAAGACAGUCUCCGGCAAACCCUUAUUAAUGGGGACCGGGUCUGGUACUAAAUGGAAAGAUAUGAAGAGAGCUGACGCCUCUACUGCUAAGAUAGUUGAAGAUCAGAUCAAGAUGACUCUUGAUCAAGGAUUCUACCACAUUGAUACCGCAGAAUUCUAUACCACCGAGGAAGAAGUUGGUAAUGCGGUUAAGACUGCCAAACUCAACAGAGAAGACAUUUGGAUCACCACCAAAUAUGGACCAAUGUCUAAGACUUCAGGUCCAGUGGAAGCUUUACAAAAUGGAUUAAAAGCGUUACAAAUGUCAUAUGUCGAUGCUUAUUUCAUUCAUGUUAACAAGUUUGCUGUUGCCACAAAUGGAUUGACUUUAGAGACUUGCUGGAAACAAAUGUGUGAAUGUAAGAAGUUAGGAUUAACCAGAUAUCUCGGAGUUUCCAAUUUCUCCGUAGAGUCCUUGGAAAUCGUCACUAAAAUUUCCAAGGAAUAUGGUGACGAUUACUUGCCAAAGUUCAAUCAAGUUGAGUUCCACCCAUACUUACAAAAUCAAUGGCCAGGACUUUACGAUUACUGUCAAUCUCAUGAUAUCUUGAUCGAAGCUUAUGGCCCCUUAACUCCGUUAUCGCGGAUCGAAACUCCCCAUCCAUUAACGGCAAUCCUUGCCGAGUUAGCUAAGAAGUAUGGUAAGACAGAUGCUCAAUUGUUAUUGAGAUGGACAUUACAAAAGAAUGUGUUACCUAUCACCACUUCCAGUAAUCCUGAAAGAAUCAAACAAGCUUUAGAAGUGUAUGACUUUGAGUUGGCAGAAGAAGACUUUGAUUUGAUCGAUAAGGUUGACUUUGUUCAUCAAGCUUUCACCUUUGUUAAGAAAUAA